AAAAAUCACAAAUAUAUCAUAGUAAAUUUACUGUUAGCUCUCCUCUAUAUGUCGGUGGGGAUCCAGGAAGGGGAAAACACAAUUUUGAAGCGAAAGAACAAAAACCGACCAUUCUCUGUUCGACGGUGCCCAUCUCUCUUGAACAUUCAAUUUUAGAAUAAACGAAUUUCCAUAUCGAAAGCAGUGUGAGUUUGUUUAUCAAAGUUUGAGACAGGGAAAGAGUUAAAGGAAGAUCAAAAAUGGAGAGAGAAGUAAUAGAAGCAGAGUUAGUCUUACCAACCCACAUGAAAUUUAAGAAAGUUCAGAUGUAUGACAAAUACCCCAAAGGUCAAUCUAGAAGCCGCCAUUGGAAACAUCUUAAACAAAUUCUUCAGGCUGAAAAUUACCAAGCUUUUCCUCCUGAUGAACCCAAUUAUGUAAAUAUUGAGUCACCCCCGUCUAUGCACCCGCCCAAGAGAAUUUGUGACAUUACGGGAUAUGAGGCACCUUAUUAUGAUCCAAGGACCAACAUGCGUUAUGCCAAUACAGAAGUCUUCAAGCUCAUCAGAGCACUUCCUAAUGAUUAUGUGCAGCGGUAUCUGGCUCUUAGAAAUGCUGCUAUUGUUCUCAAGUAGUUUUGCUUCCCUUCAACAACUUUGUGUUCUGCUUCUCGUGUUGGUGUUAUUGUGUGAAGGUGAUGUGAGAAAAAGAUGGUCUAAUUGUACUAGCAGAACUUAGUCCAUCAAAAAGUCAUUCAACAGUAAUUAUAUUCAAACCGGGCAGCUAAGAUUGUGCUUCUAAACAUCGAAAAUGCAUGUUACGUUAAUCUGGUAGUUCAAUGGAAAAUAGGACGAUAUGAUGAUAGGAGUAUGGUUUAGACAUGUAAAUGUAGCUAUGAUAUUGUAGUUUUUAUUCUAAUGGUUGGCAUUUUCUGUAACAAGAUGCACUCUUAGUUUAUAAAUGUUCGGUGCUCACGGCUUGUAGGCCGCUAAUAAUGUUGAAAAUCAGCUCGAUCCCUGGUGAA